CGGUUUCCCGGGGCGCGGCCGGUCCCUUCCUGCGCCUCCGGCCCGACACGCAGCGGCUCCGCCCGCCGCCCCGUUGGCGUUGGCGGGAGCGGGGCGGGGCCGGCGGCGGCGGCACCGGCACCGGCACCAGCACCGGCACCGGCACCGGGCCGCGGAGUUCUUAUUGGACGUGCUUGGCAAGAUGGAGCCACCGACCUCCUCCAGGCUGAAUUCCCGAAAGAGAAGAAAAGAUGGAUCUGGCCCCAAUGGGGCAACAGAGCUGGAUGGAAUCCCUCCAAAAAUGUCCCGGCGCUCAUUUGGACUGAGGGAACCAGCUCCGUUUUCAGAUGAAGUGGAAAUCGAUUACAGCAAGCCAUACAUCAGAGUAACAUAUGAAGAAGCGAUGAGAGGAACGCCUUUGGAUCGCCCUGUCAGAGUUUACGCUGAUGGAAUAUUUGACUUGUUUCACUCUGGACAUGCCCGGGCCUUGAUGCAAGCAAAGAACCUCUUCCCCAACACAUACCUCAUUGUGGGAGUCUGCAGUGAUGAGCUAACCCAUAACUUCAAGGGCUUCACAGUAAUGAACGAAAACGAGCGGUACGACGCUGUACAGCACUGUCGCUAUGUGGACGAAGUGGUGAGAAAUGCGCCAUGGACGCUCACACCGGAGUUCCUGGCAGAGCACAGGAUCGAUUUUGUUGCACAUGAUGACAUCCCCUAUUCUUCUGCUGGCAGUGAUGAUGUUUAUAAGCAUAUAAAAGAAGCAGGCAUGUUUGCACCAACUCAGAGGACUGAGGGGAUCUCAACAUCGGAUAUCAUCACCCGGAUUGUGCGGGACUAUGACGUUUAUGCCAGAAGAAACCUGCAAAGGGGCUACACAGCUAAAGAGCUCAAUGUCAGCUUCAUAAACGAAAAGAAAUACCACCUCCAAGAACGUGUGGAUAAGGUGAAAAAGAGGGUGAAGGAUGUAGAGGAGAAGUCAAAGGAGUUUGUCCAGAAAGUGGAGGAGAAGAGUAUCGAUCUCAUUCAAAAGUGGGAAGAGAAGUCCCGGGAGUUCAUUGGCAAUUUCCUGGAGAUGUUUGGCCCAGAAGGUGCAUUGAAACACAUGCUGAAAGAGGGCAAGGGCCGGAUGCUGCAGGCCAUCAGCCCAAAGCAGAGUCCCAGCAGUAGCCCCACGCAUGACCGCUCCCCAUCUCCCUCAUUCCGCUGGCCCUUUUCAACCAAGACUCCUCCUUCCUCACCGGCCAACCGUGCCAGGAACGAGUCCACAGUCACCUACGACAUCAGUGAGGAUGAAGAGGAUUAAGCUACCAGCUGGGGUUUGCUGCGAGUCGCUGAUCGCCGAAUCCCAAGUCCAGACCCACUGGGGAACUCUGAAUGAGCAAGAGAGCCAUAGGAACAGGGCUGACGUUGGGCACGGUGUCCUGAAGGCACCCGUCGCUCUUAGCAAGGGCUGCUGCCUGGAAGCACAUUCAAAUAUCUUCUCCUCUUCCCUUCUCCCUCAAAUUCCCUUUUUAUUGUUUACGUUCUAAUGGUUUCCAGGGGAAAGAUGGUUUUUAUAUUUUAAGAAAAUACUCUUUUUAAACACAAAGAAUAGCGCUCAAGUGUGGCUCUUGUUUUGGUUUCUUUUCCCCUGUUAAACCUCCAGGUGAGAGGGAGAGUGGGAUGCUAUGCCCAGACCCUUCUGUCCCUCCUUUCCUUCAGCUCCUCUGUCUAUUCCCCUCAUGCCCAGGCAGUAUCUGUGCUGCUGCCAAACGAAAGAUCUCACAGUUCCUCAACCAGUGUGACCUUGAAAGCAUGCAGGAAGCAGUUGAAUAGAAAGGCUACUAGGAAAUAGAGAUAUCUCUGCUGCACUGGAGCUGAUAGGGACCUAUCUGAUGGACUCUGUAGUGCUCUAGCAUCUCUUAGCUGAACUUACCAGCAUGUUGCAGUGAGAACGUGCUGGGGAGUGGGAUACCAACUUGGCGUGCAGGAGUUAGGCCCUGUAAGAAGCUGCAGCACCGCAGAAUCCUUCACCACAUAAGUGUGCAGCAUUCACAACCCCAAAUCUGUGAGAGGGCUGCAGGGGAUGGGCCUUUCCAGCUUGUCUUGACAAGACUGCUGAAUCUAGAGCUAAAAUUCAACCCUCAGUUGCUGUUGGAGAGAAGAGACUGAGUCUUUCUUUCAGAGCACUUGCUGUCUGCGUGUUUCCUUGAGUGUAUGAGAGUCCGUGUAGGAAAUGAAUGUGUGUGCUUCUUUGAAAAGUUUCUUGUCCUGGUCUCUGGUGUAUAAUACUUUUUACUGUCUGUCCAGAAGGCCCCUCAUCACUGUGCUCGGUGCGUCUUUGUCUGCAUUUCAGUUGCUGUGCUCUAAGGGCUGGAGCAGUCCUUUAUACUGGUGCCGUGAAGUCGCUGCUGUAAGGACAAAACGUGAAUUCAUAUGGCCAAUUUGCUGUCCGUGUUGAUAUGUGCGGUUGGACAGAUGAAGGGCAUGUUUUACCACAGUUAAGGGUGAUGGUCCCGUGUGACAGUUACCUGGGUUGCACAUUAAAUGCAAAAAUCUGUGCUCAUUUACACCAGCCCUUAAGGGAGGGGGCUGAAAGAGCAUCAGAGAGAGCUGCAGCUUUUUAAGAUUUUAAACAUAUAACCUGCUUGUUCAAAACCAUGGUUCAAGUCCUGCCUGCUGUUGUGUGUAAUAAAUGUUGAGCUUUGUGUCAUGGCAGUGGCCUGCAACUUCGCACUGGGAGUUGCCCUCCCUGCGCUGCAUGCCCGCGCACCGAGUAGGCGGAUGUGCUCUGUCCUGGCAGCCGGCGCGCAAGGGAGGGGGCUUGCUGUGUCGUAGCCAUGAAGCUCCCGCUUGCUUUUCUGUUAGGCUUUGCCUGUGGCAUCCAUCGGCCCCAGCUGGAGCUUCUGGGGUGAGUUGCCAGUAUCCUCCUGCGAUGCUGGGAGCAGGCGAGGACGGGCUCGGAGGCCAGUCAGCAAUGCCGCGGGGGGUUUUGAAGUGGGGAUGUGGGGCCCAGGGAACAGCGAUCCCCAGGAGGCACCUCGUCGAUGCUGCCGUGUGCUCUGCGCCCCGAGAUGCUUCUAGGGAGCCCAAGUGUCCUGCAGGAGGAGCAGGCUGCCGUUUCUUCCCAGCUCUUGUCUUGCUGUUUCUGUGUCACGCUGCCCAAAGGGCUCGACAGAGACUAAUGAGAGAGACACCUCUUUACACCCUGCUUCUGUUGAGACUAGAAUUGGUAUGGGAAAUGGUAUUUUGGGAGUUCCUCAUCUGCCACUUUGGCCUCCAUCAGCCAAGAUGUGUAUGGCUCUGGGAGCGUGGCUGGCUGCUAUUGAUUUUUUUUAAGCUAUAAUGAGCAAAUACAGUCACUUGAUAUAAACCAGUUUUUAAUCCCCUGGUUUAUGAGUGGUAGAGCACUUAUUUUAUAUUACCCGCAUUCUCUCUUCCCUAAUCUUCCCUGCCUUUUUUCACCCUUCCCUCAAAAUAGUGUUGUUACUUCCCUCAGUGGGAUGACAAAGGCCAGGCUGCUUUAGGGCCUCGCCACUGUCUUAAACACAAGAUACGUGACAGCAUUCUGCAGCAUCGUGUUUUGAAUGGUGGUUUGUUCUACGGAGACCUUACGAAUUUCGUGGUCUCUCUGCAAAACCUGGGGUGCUUGGUAAGAAGCCAGGCAUGGUUUUACCUGUAACUUGGCGUAACAGAGCUGUUUCUUGUAACCAACAGUCCCUGCUUUCUCCUCACAGUUAAAUUAAAAUGGACGCUCCGAUCCCAGACUAGUCUGGUUUUUGUUUUUGUUUUUUUGUUUUUGUUUUUUGGUGGGAUGAGUGUUGUUUUCUCCUGGGUUGUUGGACUGGCCACAUCUCCAGUGCUGCCCUGUCCCAUCGGGAAUAGGACAGAGCUUGAUCUUUGGGCAAGAUGUGUAAGCUGGGUUCUCCAGGGACAUCUUGUCAAUCACACAAUGCUGCCACUUCGGGGCUGUCCUGCACACCCCUAACCUGUCCUGCUCGCUUUAAAAGAAGCAUGCAGAAGGGAUGUGUUAGAAUUAGGCAUGAAGUAAGCGGCAGAGCAGAAAACUAAAAUUUCACUAGCAUGCCUUGAAAAAUGUGCGGUUCUCACGUGGAGAUUGAUGCCGCUAAAUCCAGAGAUGUCAACGUCUGUGAGACAGCCCUGCCUCCAUUCCUCCUCUGAAUCUUAGGCACGAGGCCGCUGUCCUAGGAGCUAGGGACUGCACAUGUGUUUUCUUGUGGCAGAGAACAGCAGCAGGGCAAAGCUGGAAGGUGCCAAGGAUGCUAGUAGGAGCAGGAUUUAAAGAACGUGGCACUUCAAUAGCAUGUUGGUAGGGUUACAGGCGAAAUUUUUUAAUCUCUUGGAAAGUAUGGCACACACAUGCGCUCACAAAUAUUUUCUAGAGAGUUGGGACUUUAUUGGGAUCUAGUUCUUGCCACCUGAAGCAGAUGCUGGGAUAGUGAAUACACUGGGCAGUAGCAGUGACUUUGGUGGGACAGACCAGAAAUCUCUGCAUCUUGCCCCCUGCCCUUAGGGACGAUGUCUUGCUGUCAAAGGCUCCCUUUUGUAAAGCCUUCAGAUUUUCUGCCUGCUGUAGGUAUGAGGCUGGGUCUGGCUGUCCAGCAAGGCACCCAAGUCUCAUAUUUUGCUGCUUGUCUGUGUGUUGCAUCUUGUCAAAGCCGUGAGAUUUCUGGCCCCCAGCGCUCCUGCUGGUGCCUAUAAAGCUGUGUCAGUAAGGAUCAUUCUCUGUUACCACGAAUCUGUCAAACCAUGUCAAAUUUGACAAUCUUGUAACUAAUGACCAUUGUAUUUUCCAGUUGAGCAGUUUGACUUUGAACACAGCCACUCGGAAAAAGCUCAGAGUAGCUGUUUUUUCCCCCUCCUGGGACAGAGAACUUGCUUUUUCCCCAGAAUAAGUAAAUGAAAUAGAUAAUAUUUGGGAGCUUUGGAUUUCUGACUCUUCCCUAAAAUGUCGCCCUCGCCAAAGGUAACAUGGCUGGGGGGGGGGGGGGGGGGGGGGGGAAUCGAGAGGGCACCAGGGUCCAUGUCACGUGAAGCGGACUGGUGCUUUAGUGGUGCCCGGCAGUGGGCUCUGGUCUUAGCACUGAUGUUUGGGUGUCUGCUGUACAUCUCCCUCCGGGCUGCCUUAGCCAGCCCUUCUGCUGCCCCCUCCGGCCCCAGCGCCAUGGCUGCCUCGGGAUGUCUCUUCUCAGUCAGUGUUCACUGUGAUGGUUUCUCUGUGUGGGCCUGUGUGCACAUGCAUGUGUCUUACUGGCUUGUUCUUGAGUCGUCGUUUUGGCUUUAUGUUUAGCCAAAUAAAUACAAAAGUAAUUUUA